AGGUAAGGAAAACCGUCUAUAUGGGAGAAGCUUGAAAAAGUGUCCCACUUUCAGUACUAAAUAACGGUAAAAAAAAUCCUCCAGAAUGUCGCCAGCAUAGGCACAGGAUAUGAUAUGAAUUGAGCAGUUGUUAACUGAUUGAAGUAUGCUGAGUUAGGAAAUUUAAUAUAUUUAAUGACUAUAAUUAAUGAAUAUAUUUAGAGUAGUUAGUGACAGUGUAAUAUACCAGACCUCACAUGUUUACUGAGUCCAAACUAAUUUCGUCAAUGUAACCUAAAAUUGGUAAAUGGUAAAAAUUGUGGUAAAACGUGGAGACAUCGAUUGCAUUUUCUUAUCAGCUUUAAAUAACAUACUUUUUGUGCUUUUGUAGUGCAUGCAGUUAUUUCGUCCUUUUUUAUUUAUCUAUCUUAUUAUAAUAACUUUCAGCGCCUUUUUUAAAAUUGACCCGGUUGCUACUGUAGCGCCACCCUUAAUUAGCAAAUUUUAAUGGAUACUUUUGCACACACAGAGAAGGUUCUCUUUACCUCUACCCUCCACACUCCUAAUAAUAGGAUAUAUUUAUAAGUAUGCACGGAUAGGUGUUACCAUUCACCUAUUUCUACCGCAAUAGUCUAGUCCCUGUUAGAAAGAAACGAUUGUCGUUAUAUUAUAUUACCAUUGAGACUUCAACAUCAUGUCUCAAGAUAGGCUAAGGCCAAAUUUACGUUUUGACGUAGUUGCUAGUAGUUGGACUCUAGACCAUAACAAUUUUAAUAGACUGUGAGCUCGUAGUCGCAUUAAUGCAAUAAAAAAAUGUAAAUCCGCUCUCAGCUUCGGAUUCCGAAAAGUUACGAUUCUGGAGCUCUAGACAGAUUUUGUGCUAUUCAAGGGACAUAUGAACUUUGUAAGAACGAGUGCCGUAGAACAAAGUUUAGUGAUGUGAUGGUGAUGUGUCAUAAUAAGUAUAAAUGCAAACUGGCUAAAACACUACAGUCCAGGCCUUUAAAUAUUAAUAAAAAAGUCAACAAGGUGUUCUCGAAAACAAAUAAAUUUAGUUAUUAAUAUUUACAUGAAAGUUUGUCUUGUUAAGCUGGGUUUUGAUAGAAUAUAAAGUUUACAAUAAUUGAUGUUUGGCAUAAACAAUUUGAAUUCUCAACCUAUAUAAUACGUUAAUAUGAAAUAAGACUGUAUUUUAGGUUAGGUUCAUAGAAAAGUUAGAGACGGAUCUAAUAUUAAGAAAAAUAUUAUCUUAUUGAACAGUCGAUCAAAAUUCAGUAUGUUUUUGUGUAAGAGUUCAGUGACUAGAUCAAGUAUUUGGACAAAAUAUAACUUUUAUGAUAGCUUGCUUAAUAAUGUCGGCCAGCGAUACCGGGGUUAUAUCAGUUUUCAAAAACUGGCGAAAACCACAAUAUUUAGUAGUAAUAAAAACAUAUUUACACAAGCCAAUAAAUUAAAAAUCAACUUCCCUCUCAGAAAAUUAUCUUCAAACAUAUUGAGUGGAGAUGAAAGAAAUUUGCAGAGCGCUCAAGAAGAAAAAGAUCUCAAUAUAAUAUCAAAAAUAUUUCCGCAACCUCGUGUAACACUUAAUAUAUUACAAUCGAGGACUCCAGAGAAAGUGUUUGAAGUGUUUUAUAAACAGAACAUAGUGACACUGAAAGGGAAAAAGAAGAAAACGUUACAGAAUGAUUGGAACUGCACAUAUGCUUUCGUUUGGCCAGAGAAGGUUAAAUUUGAAAGCACCGCAAUUUCAAAACGUAUGGCCGCAGAAAAGGCUGCGUCAAAGGCCCUGCAUUGGCUGUACAUCAACAAUCGAAUAGACGAAAACGGAGCGCCAAUAUAUGACAGAGACGUAUUGAAUGACAUCAGGGGUAAUCUGAAUGAACCAAUACAGAUUACCAUCAGCGAUAAAUCAAUGGAGAGAAUUGACAAAAUAUGGAAUGAUUAUGAGAGUGGAAUAAAAGAAAUAUACGAGGCCACCUUCAAAGAAGCGAGGCAAAGGCUGCUGCAGACCUCACUUGUGACUAAAGAUUCGACCAUAGACGAAGAUGAUUACUCGGAUAAUGUUUUCGAAAAGGAAAACAGUACCAACGAUGUUUUUGAACAAAAAAACAACGUCCAUCCCGUGUACGGAAGGAUCAUAACGGAGCCGUCGGAAAACACAUUAACGAAACGCGAGAGAACUCUGACAAGGAAAUUUGAACUUUACGACGCCGAGAAAACUCCUUUGCCCAUCGAUGGAUACGCUAAGCAAAUAUCUGAGGCGGUCGAAGCCAGCCGGGUGACUGUGGUUGUGGGGGAAGCUGGCUGUGGGAAGUCCACGCGAGUGCCGAUCGCGUUGUUGCAAAACUCCUUGUUGUCGACCGCCAUUGUGUCGGAGCCGAGACGCGUGGCCGCCAUCGGACUGGCGCAGAGAGUCGCCAGCGAACUAGGGGAGGAGGUUGGAGAAACAGUCGGUUAUCAAGUGCGCUUGCACUCGAAGCCGCCGCGGCCACCCGCCGGCUCCGUGCUCUACUGCACCAGCGGGGUCCUGCUGAGGAGGCUGCAGGCCAACCCAGGUCUCGUAGGCUGCACUCACGUGCUCAUAGAUGAGGCUCACGAGAGGGACGUGAACACCGAUGUGACCUUAUUGCUUUUGAAAAGAGCUUUGAAGAUCAAUUCGGAGCUUAAAGUCGUUAUAAUGAGCGCCACGCUUGAUGUCGACGUGUUCACUAGAUAUUUCGGACAAUGUCCGGUGAUAGCAGUUCCGGGGAGAACUUACCCGGUCGAGGUCACGUAUCUCGAUGACAUACAAAAGAAGUUCAAUUUGAAUUUGCCCAAAACGAUGGAGAGUAUCUCGAGGGCGGGCGGUAGACCGACGGUCCACUGCCAAGAGAUAGCCGAAGUGAUAAAAGCGAUCGACAGAACGCAAGAGGAAGGUGCGAUUUUAGUGUUCCUCCCGGGCUGGGCCGAGAUAAAAUAUACGAUGCAGAUAUUAGAAGAGCACUAUCGAGGCUCGGACUUGCAUAUGCUCGUGCCUGUUCAUUCCAGACUGUCGGCGUUGGAGCAGGCGCGCAUAUUCUCGGCGGCGGCGGCGGGCGUGCGGCGCGUGCUGCUGGCGACCAACGUGGCGGAGACGUCGCUGACGGUGCCGGACGUCACGCACGUGCUGGACACCGGCGCGCACCGGGAGAACACCACCGACCAGAGCGCGGGUACAUUAUGUCUGGAGACGGCGUGGGUGUCGCAGGCCGCCGCCAAGCAGAGGUGCGGACGAGCCGGGAGAGUGCGAGCGGGUCACUGCUACAAGCUGUACACGAGGCAGAAGGAGCAGGAGUUCCGGCCGCACUCCACCCCCGAGAUACUGAGGGUGCCGCUGGUGCAGACGGUGCUGGACUGCAAGUCGUACGCUCCGGACGACAGGAUCGAGGACUUCCUGUCGCAGCUGCCGGAGCCCCCCGGCUCGGACGCUAUCGACUUCGCCGUCAACGACCUCGUGGAGAUUGGUGCUCUAACUAGCCGGCAACAGCUGACUCGUCUCGGCGGGCUGUUGUGCGGCCUGGCGCUGUCGCCGCGGGUCGCCGUCUGCCUGCUACACUCGGUGGCCAUUGGCAAUGUCAUUGCCGCCGCCACGAUCGCCACGCACGUCAGCGACAACCUGCAGCUGUUCCACGACGUUGCUCAACGCAAGGCAGAAAUACUCGAGAUGAAGCGCAAGUUCAGUCCGACGUGUGACUACAGCGCCCUGUACUGGAUCCAGCGCGAGUUCGAACAGAAGCUGUCCGAGCUCGGCGGGGGGGAGGCGGGGCGCUGGUGCACGCAGCACGGACUCAGUAAGGAGAGAUUGAAAAACGUUAAAGAUCUGACGAACUUGUAUCUGGAGCAACUAUUGAAAACUGGCGUAGUGGAACCGACUAUAGAGGCAGAAGAACUGAACAGGUUCAGUGGUAUUGACGAGCUGACGUCCGCCGUGCUGUUGUCCGGGAGCGACGCGCUGCUCACCGCGAGCCGCAGACUCAGGACCAAAGGGAAACUCGCCACGGAAACCGUGCUCUACACCAGCUCCCGCGAACGCGCCCACGUCAGCAGCGAGAGCGUGAACCACAAUGUGAUCAAGCGGGGCGAUAAAUGCAAGCUGAUCGCGUAUUUCGGGGGCCACCGCUCGGCCGAGAGGAGAGCCCUCGUGCUCCACAAGACCAGCCUCGUGCCCCCCCAGACCGCCCUGCUGUUCAGCCCCUCUGACGUGCGGAAGGAGGCGUCGGACAGUGAAACAACGAUAUUGUCUAUACGAAAACAUAACUUAAGAAUACACAUGCCAACCUGUCAAGCAGAUUAUUUAUUAAAAGCCAGAGAAAUGCUGUGGAACACAUUCAAGUACCAAAUAGAGAGAAAUAUGAAUACUCUAGAUUACGGUGACAACACUAAAGUAUCAAGAUUCAGAGUCAGACUGGUCAAGAGCAUCGGAAGGAUAUUAGUGGAAGGAUCACGAGAGUGCUUGGAAGGAAAGAAGGAAAAAGUAUUUGUUGAUGACGAAUAAAUACAUGCGAAUAUAAA